AUGCAGCCGCUGGCAUUUGACAAAGGCGUUCUGUUGUGGCUCAAAUACAAGGAGGGAUUUGAUCAGUGGCAGGAGCAACAGAAGAGUGUGUCGUCCGACAUGAGAGAUCUGCAGUCGGCGGCGGGAGUCGUUCUGGACAGACUGCAAGGUCAGACGCCGCUGCGCAUGCCCGAUCGAGCGAGUCGGACGGAGACGAGCUUUCUGUCGUCGCAAUCGAUUCAGAUUAAAGUGGAAGAUCUGGGCGUCGCCAUGCCCGUGUUUGCCCGCAUUCUCAACACUAUGUCGGUACAAUGUCAAGAACCAGUCAGUCCAGUCGUUCAUCUGGUUAUGACGGUUUGCAGUGCGAACCUCUCCAUUCUGUUUGGCUCGUCGUCGGAGCCGACGUUGAGUGUCGGACGAUUCAACGGCUUCACUGUACGGACGGACCCGGAAUUUGACGAAGAGAUGAAAUUGUGGACGCCGACGCAAGACAAUGUCGUGAAUUUCGCUCUCGUGCCGGAUGGAGAUUACAGAGUGUUUGUGCAAACUGCAGCAAGUGAUGAUGAUGCUGACACGGAAGGACAACUGACCGUUGAACUGACGUGGAACAUGAAAGGCGUGAGCGUCAUGCUCGAUCCGCGCAUCGGCUCCCAUCUGUCCGCUCUAAUCGCUACAAUGACGUCUUUAUCAUCCGAAGACGACUUCGAACUGUAUUCGGAAGACGACGACGAACAGGAGGAGGAGGAGACUGGAAACGAUGUCACUCCUCAGGAGAACAUGAGAAAAGAAGAAAUGUCUGAUUUUUGCGUCGAACUUGAAACGACUAAACAGCCGCUACCAAUGGUAACCGAUACGAGUCACGCGACAUAUCAAGAUUCUUUGUUUUCAACUCAUCCGGAGACACCUCCGACUUCAUCCAAGUCUGACGGGUUAGGACAGGUCGCGCGCCGACCGACUGACUCGUCGAAACGCAAAGAUUCUAGUCACAAACGGACAGAUUCUAGUCACAAACGCACUUCUUCCUUCAUUAAAGACUUCGACUUGAUUGUAUUGCAACGCGAGCUGCAUAGCGAAAAACAAAAAAUGCAGGCGCUUCAGAGCAGAGGUGCUAGUGUUACGAUUGUUGAGAAGCAGUAUAAUGUCGUUGAUGCCCUUGAAAACUCUCUGUCGAGCAGGCAAAAGGCUAGAGAGCUGGAAGACGCUAAGCCUGCCGUCUCUCCUGCUAUCGAAGUAACCGAGAGUUGGGGUUUCGUUAUCAAGCAGCCGCAGGCACCGCAACUUGCCGGAGAUGCGACGGAUAGAAAAGAGAGGGAAACGAAGCGUCGACCGAGUCAAAUAGGAAUACUACCGGAAGCGACGACGACAGGCGUGAAAGGUCAUGCGUCGGAGGAAUCAUUAGAUGUGGAGUCGACGAGUCGUUCGUUGUCGAGAAAGAUGGGCUCGAGCGCGUCGCUGGCGAGUGGCACGACACAGUCGAUCGAUUCGUCUGCCGGGCUGGCAUUCAGAAUCAACGUGAACGUGACUAUCGAGUCCGGCUCUUGUCUGCUCUUGCCAGUAAACAUGGCGCAACUGGCGGACGCUCCAAAGCGACAAUUGCUGACUCAACGAAGAGAGACAUUGACGAAUCUGUACGGAUACUUGGCCGCCGUUCCGUCUGAUACGAGAAAACGCUCGUUGGUGCCUCAACCGACCGCUUAUUCGACUCCCGGUCGCUCGACGUUGGGCCGACACGCGGGCGACGGCGACGGAACGCGACUCGAUGCGACGGAAGUCUUCAUUCCGGGCCUCCUGAUGCAGGCUCAUUAUCACACACAAACGGAACGCUCGAACUUUUCGUCUGGCCUCUUCGCCACUAAUCUGGCAUCCGUCGACGAAUCGGUGGUGCGAACCGCCUCGAGUGCGUCUCUAAAACGAAGCAAGAGAAUUCGACAGAUCAGUGGGUCGUUCGUCGGACGGCAGGACAGCGUGCACGUGCAGAAACGAGGCAAACUUUACGUCAAGCUCUCGAUCCGGUCGCUACCGGUGCAAACCGUUUUACGUGCGUCGAUGCUUAGCUUUCUCGAGGCGGCUAUGGAACCGGUAACGUUCGCAGCGAAGAGCAACACAGAGAAGGAAGCCGUCGACGUCGACGCGAGCGGCGACGACGCGUCAAGAAAUCCGGCGCGGUCGGAGACGUCGUCGCAGUCGGGGCUUGUCGUCUCGUCACUGCCCGUCGACGUGACGGUCGUCUUCAAUGUCGAACGGCAGCGCGUCAAGUUGAGCGGCGAGCCGCGCUUGCGUCUCGAAUGUCUCGUCGAGACGCCCGAGAUCUGCCUAAUCGUGUCGUCGGCGCUUGCGGAUAAACGUAAGGUUGCCGCCGCCGCGACGGAGCGUCCGUCGGCAAACGCAAGCGACUCCGACUCGUCGGCGCCGCGUGCCGUUUCUCCGUCCGUUAAUGCGGCAUCGCGUGCCGUUUCUCCGUCCGUUAACGCGUCGGGACGGUUGACUCUGGGUGUCGCUUCCAAGAGCACGGUGUGUCUAAGCGGUCGGCUGUCUAAUUUUCGUGUCGUUCUUUAUCAUCCUCUCAGCGAGAAGGUCGAUUUUACUCCGGACACGAGGCGACGGGCGUCGUCGCUUACCGGAUCGUUGCCGAGUUUUGCUGGAUUGCCGAGUGGAAUUUUUGGUUUGCAACUCGAUAGUUUGGAAGUCAAUCUGUCACGUCGACAUAUUCAGGACAAUUCGUACUUCGCCGGUCACCUCAAAGUGCCUCUCGAGAACGCGAAUUACAUGUCGUCCAUACAGAUAUCAAGUGUUUGUAAGGUGAGCUCGAUCGAGCUGCAAUACGAUUUGCGACGCACAUCGGACGUCGAAGGAUUCGUCAACGUUUGGUCGAACACAAGCCUCAUGGACAAACUCGUUUACGGCUCGCGGCGCUACGAGAAAGAGACAACAAAAACCAAAGAAGAGGAAGAAGAGGAAGAACGAGAAAGUGAUCCAAAUCCGAGAUCGUCGCCAGCAUCGAACGUAACGAGUGGCGAUGGGACGCCAACUUCUGUCGUUACGAAACCAUGGCAGUCUUGCAUCAAUUUUGCACUGAAAGUAUCGCAAGUGAACAUACAGUCGUAUAUCGGACAUGUCAUGGGACAGACAAGCGUUGUGGCGGGGCCUCUCGAUUGUUUUGGCAGCGUGAAGGUCGACAGUCGCGGUCGGCGGAGUGUGAAUGCAAACGUCCGCCUUACGACUAUGAGAGCCGACUCUAAGUCCGGCGCCGUCGGAGGUCUCGUCAACGUCGACACGAUGGAAGUUUCAACUUGCGUUGUAACGGGGAGGGACUGCCGUGUGUUGCAUCGUAUCGGCGGCGGACUGGAAUGCUUGAAAGUAAGGGUCGAUCAUCUCAACUACCCAUUCUUCAUGGCCGGGCUAACGCGCGUUAGACUCCACGCAAAAGACAAGUGGUCAAUGGCACCAUCCGAUGAUUGUGAUGUCCAGUUGCUUGUCGAUGCGACGUGGAAAGAUCUGGACGUCAUCAUUUCGAGCAAGACGUCGCCGGCGCUGCUCGACUCGGUGCGUCGCAUUCGCGACUUUAUCAAACAACAGCAAGCGAACAGUCGACGAGCGUUUGGCGGUUUCAUGCCGGGAAACAGAAGAACGGCCAGCCCACACACUCAACCUUCUCCGUUGGCAAAACCUAAUGAAGACGGCGGAGCUGCAGAUUACAGUAAACAUGACCACUGGAAGUGGGUGAACGACAUGGAGGAGUCAUUGUGUAGUUUUCUCGAUCUAAACAAGACGCGAGCGCCUCGAUUCGAAGGAACACUCGUGUUGAGCGGUGAGCGAUUCGGUUUAGCUUGCGUAAAAGGCAUUCAAUUUAGAGACUCCGAGUGGGCGCUGUUCGUCUUACGGCAAGUUAGCGCGCGUUAUCGAACGGUCAGUAUGCGAGGUCACGAGGCGGCGGCGGAAAUUGCUCAAACGAGUGACGUCACAUUACGGUCAUUCCCUACCGCCGUCUCGCUUCAAGAGUUUACUAUUGGUUUGGGAAAGGACGGCGACUGUGCGCAUUCGGAGAAACUCCUGAUGGUGGAGAAGGUGUCGCGAGGACGCGUGGCGCCUCUCGGGAACACGAAAGACGUCGACGAGUGGCUCAACUUGCUUUGUAGGAAGGAAAUCGGUACGCAUGCGCGUUCUAAAGAUACAGGUCAAGCUGGCAAACAGUUGGAAUCGUUGACGAUAUUUGCUGGUCCUUCGUUCGACUUGGGAUUGAGUACCAUACAUUUUUGGCCCGAGGAAAUGAAGAAAGACAACAUACCCACAGUGGAGUGCAAACUCACGUCGUCGUUUGUCGACAGUUUGUCGGUGGCUACUGAUGUUGACCUUUACCUCUUUCUACACAAACUCAUUAUGUCAUAUAGAGCAGAACUGAUAACCGUUUUGCAACGUGGUUCACAGUUCGGUGUGUCUCCUAAACGCGAGGAAUCGGAUCUCAACGAGACGAAGGCCGUGCGACUGCGACGGUUUGUGUGCACGCACUGGCAGCUUGACCCUCAUUUGAAGUUGCUGUUCUGGGGCGGCGGCGGUCACAUCAAUCCUCAUAUCAACUGGGUGUUGGAGAAGCUGGGCUUCAAGGAGGCUCGAACGACUAUCCCGAAAUGGAUGCAACGCGGACUGCUCGAUCCGCUCGAUAUUAUAGUGUCGUCCAUUCUCAAGGAAAUGUUAAGUAGAAUACGGUCAGUCAAUAGUCGUGUUUAAUUAAUGGAGUUGAGGUAAGGAAUGAAUGAUUACGUUUUGAUAGUAAUGAAUUUUAUGAUAAGUUAUCUAAUUGAGACUGAGACUCGAGUCGAGAUAUUUUCAAUUAAACGAAGUAUAUCGUGUUUUGCUCUCGAACUCUUAAGCAACCGAACUGUUUUGAUUUUUACGGUACAUAUACUUCUGCAAACCUAUAUAGUCUUAUCUCUUAAUGUUUUAUUACUGCAUGCACUUGCAGUGUACGUAUAAAUAACACUUCAACGUUUACGUUUUCGUCA